AUGGGCGCGGACGAAUUGUCCUCCAUGUGGGACACAAUCCGGCAGCAGGGGAGCAUCAUAGCCGACCUGCAGUCGUCCAUUUCCAAGGCCACGGGAAUGGCGCCCGUAAAACCUCAGGACCACAGUCAGUCCAUCGAAGCCCAGUUGGAGCAGCACGGGCAGCGACUCACAGAGCUUGAGCUCUCUCCAUGCGGGCAGGAAGACGUAGUUAUGCGUUUGCAGGAAGAGAGGGACGAUCGCAUUGCAGCGGAGGACGCCAACGCGGCUGAAUGCCGCGCCCUGAGGCAGCAGGUCGAGGUGCAGGACCGCAAGAUACAAGAAAUGUGCUUGCGGAUGGAUCGCUUGGACAGCAGGCAGGGAGCAGACGAUUGCCCCUUGAAUGUGCAAAUGGAUCGAGUCCUCGACAGACUGAAAGAGGUCGAGGGGAGGCUCUCGGAGUGGCAGGGGUCGGGAAACGUCCGCCUCCAGGAGCUGGAACGGAAGGUCAGCACAGGCGACGCUUCCGUCCUGGAAGUGGAAAAGGCUUCCCAGGAACUCCACCAGCAGAUUGCAGACUCGUCCAGAACAGAUCAACGGGAACGGCUGGAAGAGAUCACGCAGGCCCUGAGCGCUCAGGAGUCCAGCAUUCAAGGUAUCCUCGAUGACGUGCGGAACUCGAAGGAGGGUCUGCAGUGGGAUAUCCGAAACCUAACGGAGAAGAUUGAGCAUGUGAAAACGACGUCGGGAUCGGAAAUGGAAACUGUACUUCAGCUCGAAUCUACAGUUUUUGAAACGACGCAAGAAUUCGAAGCCUUUGAAGCUAGACUGGAGGCCGAAGAGACAGCAAGAGGCCAGGUGGAGUUAAAAGCGGACAACCUAGAGGGAGCCUUCCAAGCUCUGCAGCUUGGUGUAGCAACACAGGCUCAAAGGAUCAUUGGACUACAGCAAGACAGCAAAGUCACGAAAGAGAUGCUUGAGAAGGUGAAGCACAAGCUGAACGCACACAACGGAUCAAUUGAGAAUUUGUUGACGAAGUUUGAAGCAUUUAGUUCCCACCAACACCAAGAAAUUGAGGGUCUGAAGGAUAUGGUGAGAGAGGAGAGUAAGAUGUUCCAAGGUCUCGAGGCCAGGGUUCGCGAAGAAACGAGCCAGAGAAAGGAAGUGGAAUCGAAAUUGGCGUCCCUUCUGGACGCUUCCAAAGCGAGAGAACUCCAGGUCGCCAUUGAUUUGCUGGGCUAUCGUCUCUCUGAUGUUGAAAGGGCGACUCUGAAGCAGCAGGGAGAAAAUGUCGCUGGAGAAUACCGGAAGGCAGAUUUAGAGCAAGUGAUCAAGAAAGUGACCAGCCAGGAGACCUGCAUUGAGGACAUGGCGGCGAACAUGCAGACAGGAAAUGUUGAAACGCGUGAGCGCAUAAAGGAUCUGGAUACCAAAAUUAACGAAUGCGCGUUGGCUUCGACUGCGGUGGCUGCCAGCCUGCGUGAGUUGGAGUCUGCAGCUUUUGAAAAGCUGAGAGAGUUGGAGGGCAAAAUAGAGGAAGCAGUGGACUCAAGGAUUGAGUGCGCGGCGGGAAACGCCACGGUUCCGGAUUAUCAGAGUGUCCCUGAGGUGGCCGCUGAAAGGAAGGUCCCCAACAUUGAGGAACUGGAGUCUUCCUUGCGACAGGCCAUCGGUGGGCUAGACAUCAAAAUUGAUAUGGAAAGGAAUUUGAGGACGGAGAUGGAGUUGCAGCUGACGGCGCUGCAAAAUGCUUCUUCGAUGCCCGAGUUAAGGACCACCAUGGCGUCGCAAAGCGAUCGCAUAACGGCCCUGGAAAGAGAGGCGGCAGAGAGUGCCCAGCGCCAUGACGCGAUCGCCAACGGAGUCCACCGAAUGCAAGACCUUGAACAGAAGUUUCAAAACAUCAAAGAAGCUGUUGCAGAACUGGGAAGGUCGGGUACGGAUAUGAAUCAAGACAUUGCCAAUAUGAUGGAGAUCCUGACCUCCAGUUUCAGUGAGCUGGAAAAGUCUGUGGCGUCAAAAGACGAUGCAGUUACAAAGGUCGAUGCAGCGGUGACAGAGCUUCGGGUGCAGGUCUCGCGGCUGGACGCUCGUGCCUCACGCGAUCGCGCCAUCGCAGAGCAGUUGCAACUGGUAAUCGACUCGCAGCCAAAUCAGAGGCGCGUCGACUACGAUGCUCCCCAUGCCAUCCGCCCAAUCAGCGACAACGGAUGUGAACAGCGGAAGGAACGCGAUCACGGGACCACACAAACAUGCGUUGCCGAAGCAGAAAUGUUCGAUUACUUCCCUGCUUCGCAUAUUGACCAUGGCAACCGGGAGGACAAGUUUUCGGCCAUUAACUGCGUUGCGGGCGACGGAUUUGCGCCGCCUGACUACGAUUUGGAGGCAGGCAUUCCCAGUGAGGGUCUGCAAACAGUCGCUGAUCGGGCACCGGCACAGACAUCUGAUAUUUUUGCAGAUCAGGAACGCUUCUCGGGGCACGCCGCGCUGCUUGCUGACGACGCCACCCCUCUGGAAAUGGAGACCUUCGAAAUUUGCAUUGUGGGCGGAGAGGGUGACGAGAGUGGGAUCCACGAUCCUGGAAUUGGCGGGGGCACAAAUUUGGAUUGGAACGUCGACGGCCGAAGAGCCCUGCCUCCCAUCGAGGAAGGCGAGGAAGCCAGUGAUUCCGAGUCCGAGUACAGCAACGCCGGAUCUGCCUCCGACAAGUCAGCGGCCUCGCUGGCAUCACCGAAAUCAGAUAAAGAUUCCGACGCGAGCAUCAGCGACUUCAGCGACGGAAUGGGAUUUGAAGAGCUUCGCCCCGAUCCGGUGUCGUCCUGCGACUCCUCGACUAUCAGCGCGGUCGAUGCGGAAUACGGUCUUGAAAAGGAGGACGAAUGUGUGCGCCUGUCUGCUGACAGCGCCACGCUGGCGGAGGCUUUCAAAGUCGUGGAAGCGCUGUCCAGCGAAACCGGUGAGAUCCCAUCCGUCGCUUUACUGAGCUGCAUGCCACGUACACCCCUGCAAUAG